ACUCAUUUCUAAAAUAUUACUUUGGUGAUUUUUAAAAACUUUUUAUACUUAACGAACUUAUUUUUUUAAUAUGAGCCGAAACCUCUGUAGAUCCAGAUGUUUUGGUGCUCAUUGACACUCCUUCGCUGUUGUUUGUGUUUCAUUGAAACAAAGAGACUUCUCUAUAUAUAAAUCGGAAGGUUUAUGAUAGUUACUAUUAAGGAGAUUAUUUGGGUUCCCUAAUCUCCAAUCUGAGGAUUAACAGAGGCCAUUGGUGUGUCCAGAUUAUUGCGUCUCCUUUCUAGGCCCCUUAGUUGAAGCCCCCCUGUUGUGACUGAGGUAUAUAUAAUUAUAUAUAUAUAUAUAUUUUUUUUUUUUUUUUUUUGUCAGAAACUUUUUAAUUUACAUUUAAAGAUAAAAAAGGUAAAUGUUUUAGGAGAACAGAACUUUGUCAGAGGAAGUUUAGAGAACCAGCAUGGAGGAGUCUUCAAUGCCUCCCAUCGAUCCCGAUUUUGAGCCGCAGAGCAGACCCCGCUCCUGCACAUGGCCGCUCCCGAGGCCCGACAUCUCGGCUGUCAAAGUAGAAGGGGCGGAUGGCGCCGAGUCCGCCGCCGGGACCCCGCCCGCAGCUGACGAGGACAAGCCCGAACCGCAGCAAAUCAUCUCCGAGCCCGAGAAAGCUGCUGCCGCCGCCGCGGCGGCGGAGGAGGGCGGGGUUGUGGCCGGCGUGGGCGGAGCCGGAGCGACGCCCCGCAAAGGAUCCUCCCGCCGCAACGCGUGGGGAAACCAGAGCUACGCGGAUCUGAUUAGCCAGGCCAUCGAGAACUCGCCAGAAAAGAGGCUGACCCUGGCUCAGAUCUACGACUGGAUGGUGAAAACUGUGCCUUACUUCAGAGAUAAAGGAGACAGCAACAGCUCUGCCGGCUGGAAGAAUUCAAUCCGCCACAACUUAUCACUCCACAACAAGUUCUUGAGGGUUCACAAUGAGUCCACUGGGAAGAGCUCCUGGUGGAUGCUCAACCCGGAGGGCGGGAAGACGGGGAAAGCCCCCCGCCGCCGAGCCGUCUCCAUGGACAACAGCAGCAAGCUGCUGAAGAGCCGCAUGCGAGCCAAGCAGACCAAGAAGCAGGCCGGAGCUGCCGGUGGCGGCGGCGUGCUGCAGGGAGAUGGCGGCGGCGGUUCUGCUGGCGCUGACAGCCCCAACUCGUCGCAGCAGUUCCCCAAGUGGGGCGUGAACAGCAGCAGCCCGUCAUCGCGUGGCAGCCUGGACGAUUCUGACAUGUGGACCACCUUCCGCCCGCGCACCAGCUCCAACGCCAGCACCCUGAGCGGCCGCCUGUCGCCCAUCGCCCCAGGCCAGGAGGACGAUGACAGCCUGCCUGACGACGGCCUGCUGGGCCGUUACGCCUCCAGCAGCCUGACCCCGACGCUCACCGAGACUGUCAUGGAGGAGCUGGACCUGAUCGACAACCUCACCCUGAUGACAGCGCAGCAGGGCGCGGCUAGUCCCAGCACGGCGCCUCCGGCUCCGCCCACGCCGCUGCCCUCCGCUUCCACCUUGCUGCCGCGUGGCUCCGGCUUCACCUCUUUCCACUCUGCCGCCCAGCCCGCCGUCUCCCUCAAAGAGCCGCCGGCGUCCUUCAGCAACUCCCUUUUCAACCCGAUGAGCAGCUCCAGCGCUCACGGCGGCGGCCACUACGGCGGCCAUGUUCCCUCCAGCCUGGAAGUGCUGCUGACCUCUGACUCCCCUCCGCCCAGUGACGUGCUGAUGGCCCAGGUCGGCACGCUCAUGGCAAACUCUGGAGGUCUGGGUCAGAUGGGUUUGGGUGUGCGAGCCAAACCCGCUCAGCUGCAGCUGAACAAGGCGAUGGAGGCGAACGCCGUGUCGCCGAUGGCGAUGCAGACCCAGAUGCAGCCGCCACCACCACAGCAGCAUUUCCGCCACAACCACCAGCAGCAUCAAAUCGGACUGGGGAUGAUCCUGUCCGGACUCUCCCAGGACCCGACUCCCCUCUCUGCUCUCAAAACUCACCACGCGCAAACCAUCAGCGCUCAUCACACCGGCCCCGCUCCAGCCCCAGCAGCCAAUCAGAGCCUGAGCCUGCCGCCGGUAGGUCCGUUUGGCGCUCCGACAGGGUUCCAGCCCGGUCAGGAGCGACUGCCCACAGACCUGGACAUAGACAUGUUCACCGAGAACCUGGACUGCGACGUGGAUUACAUCAUCAACAGCGACCUCAUGGACGGAGACGGCAUGGAUUUCAACUUUGACCCCAUCCUGCCCGGAGGCCAAGGCUACACGGGGCCGACCACCACGCAGGGCUCGGCCCACAGCUGGGUGCCCAGCUAAUCCAGCAGAACCUCAUCAGAAUCUCGCCUCCAGUCAACGUAACCUCACUAAACAGCAGAACAACUGGUGCACUGCCCCCUGCUGGAUGAAAACAGCAAAUCCAACGUCUGACCUCACGUCACGUGCCAAGACGUGCGGUUACAGGGAGGCAACUAUGCACUGCUUUUUUUUUAUUUUUCUCUAAAUGAUUUUUCUUAAUAACUCUUGGCAACAAUUUGGCUGCUUUCUUAAGAACCGGAACUGAUGACUUUAUUAUUAUUAUUAUUAUUAUUAUUAUUUGUGUAAAAAAAAGAAAAAAAAAGAAAAGAAAAAAAAGAUAUUUUUUGGAGUGUAAAGACAAAUCAUCAGAGGUUGCUUUUCAUGUCAUGUUACGCCGCAGCAGCUGUAGAGAUGGUACGUCCAGAUCAAGCUGGCGCUGGUUCUGAACACUUUAUUCUUGUUGUUUUUUGGCCAGUUUUGCACCAGCGCUCGCUCGACGAGUUGCUGUGCGAUCGACUGAAAGACGUGCGGGUGAUCAAGCUGCAUAGACCCGAGAGAGACGGAGAGAGACAGAGAGUUGAGAUCAGGAAGACUAACGGACUGGACGACCUUUUGGUGGCUUUACAUCAAUUUAACUCAAUUGGAGUUGUUUUCCUUCUGUUUGGCAUUUUUUGACAAGUGUGCUAUGAUAGAAACCAGCUAGAGGGUGUUUUUGUUUUCUCCUAAAUCCCUGAGGUGCGUUUGAACUAACAAAAUGAAGAAAUCGAACGUGUGUGGGCAUUUCAAAGUAUUACACGCCACCAGAAUGCCUCCGCUCUCUUAUCGUUGUUGUUUUUGGGUUUUCCUCCUUGAGUCUGUGCAUUUUCAAAGCACUUAGGUUUCCUGCCACACAGGGACCCCAAACUGUAAAAAUUAGUUUAUAUCGUUUCAACAAAUAAUAAUUAAAAAAAGAGUAUAUAAUCCUUUAAAAGAGACAAUGAAAUGAACACGUUGCACCUGUACUUGACGGCACGCUAUGCAGAUUCAUCAGGAGACGGAAACAAAACCUUGAAGGAUUCAAAGGUUUUGUUGUUGAGCGUUCUCCUGGUAUGGUUCCUUGGAAAAGUAUUCAUCCUCACUAAACGUCUCGCGUUUUGUUACAAAAACAAACUGCAGCAUGUUCUAUUGGGAUUUUAUGUGAAAGAAGUGAAAGGUGGAACAUUUUUCUUUGCAAAUAUCUGAAAAGUGUGGCAUUGAAUUAACUUUUGCUAUAGUUCUGGUUUUGUGUCUACCAAGUUCUUGCAUCUGGAGACGGAGACAUUUAGCAUAUUAAAAAUCCAGAAAUUAUCUUUUUUUUUUUUGGAUAAAUUUGAAAACUCUGGUUUUCCCGUUUUAGUGUGUGUGUCCCAAAAAUAUGCAAAAAAACAAACUUUUUCUGUUUCAUUUACAAAUGAAUUCACUUUUGAGGAAAAUCUAACAGGAUUUUAAGGUGUAAAUUAUUAAACAUGGCCAAAAAUAGAUGCAUGCCACACGUUUCAGAUUUAUUUUCUUUACCUGAUCACAUUUUCACAUCCAUCCAUCCAUUUUCUGUACUCCCUAGUCCCUAGUGGGGUCGGCGGUGCUGGUGCCUCUCCAGCUAACGUUUCGGGCGAGAGGCGGGGUCACCCUGGACAGGUCUCCAGUCUUUCGCAGGGCACCACUUUAUUCUAUUUUUCCACAUAAAAUCCUAAUAAAACAUUUAAGUUUGUGGUUUUAGCGUCUCAAAACGUGGAAAAGUUUCCAGAAGGAUGCCUAUUUUCGACGAGGUGCUGCAAAACUGCUUUCUUUUAUUGUUUGUACGGAGCGGGAGCUUGUAAGAGUCUCCUCUCACACUUUAAUUUUUAAAUACUAACAUGAAAGCAAUUAAAUCAUGGUGUGAGAGGUACCAGAAAAGAAUAUAUUUGAUUAUAGUUUUAAUAUACAAUUUAGAUUGAGAUGAUAAAUCAGAUAUUAAUACUUAUAUUACUAAUGACAAGUGAUGUUUUUUUUUACAUUGGAAGAAGCAUUCUCAGAUUUUUAACGGUGAUUUUUCUAUACUUUCAUUUUUGUAAAGGACAAGAUGCAUGUGGAUUUUUUUUUUUUUUUUACAUAACCAAAGGAACACUAAUAUUUGCAUGGCAUUUAAAAAGCGCUUGGGCCUGACACAGCAUCUUCUGUGUACAUAAGCUUCGCAAAGCAGACCUGUAAUGUGAUUUUUAUUUUAUUUUUUUAUUGGGAAGAUAAAGGAGGCGAAUACUUGAUCAUGUCAGCUACGAUUCCCAGCCACCUGCCUCAAUGCGCUUUUUAUUUGUUUUACUCUGAAAAUCUGCGUCGGUUCUCAUCUCAAAACGAGUUGCCUCUCAGAAGCAGGAAAACGGCUGCGUGCAGAUGUAAUCGGAUAUUUAUUUUGCACAAGACUGGAAACCCAACAUGCCAUGUCGAGAAAAAAGAGUUGAUCUAAAAUUAAACUUCCUGUUUUGUUUUUCUUUAAAGAGUAUUCAUGUUUAGUUGUUCAGCCAUGCGUAUCAGUGCUAGUUGUACUUCUUUUUUUUAUCUGCCAAUAUCCAAAACACUAGAGCACGAUGUUGCUUUGUAGCAAAACUUAAACCUAUCAUCUCCUGUCUUUUAACAUUUUGUUCUUGUUGAUUCUGUGCUCAGAAAUAACACCCACCCUGCAUCUUGAACUCAUUUUUUCACGGUAGCAUUGUUAAAAAAACAAAAAACAACAACAAAAAACGUUAAAGCACUCUCCUUCUUUCCCUCUCCACAAAUGUUUUACAUCUUGUUUUUGUUUUUGCAAAUAAUGGUGCUAGAUGAUAUCAGUGCAGUCGGUGCAUAUCAGGGCCUUUGUAUUUUGGAUUAUUAUAGUUAGGAUGCAACCAGAACUUUUUGUUUUUUGUUUUGUUCUUACAUGUACAAUUUAACCCAGAAGCAAAAGUUCAACUUCUUUAAUUAUGCAUGAUUUGUAUUAAGUAAUAUCAGUAAUUAUUUUAGUCAUAUAUGCAACCAGGCUUGUUUUUGUUUAAUAUCUGAUAAUUCCCAGCUGAGAGGCUGCAGAAGCUUCUUUUUCUCCAGUUUACGAUCGCUGCCUUUGUGGUGUUUAUUACCUGGCUUGUAUCUCCUCUAACCCUGACACAACUUUCUGCUUGUUCUUAUUCUUCUGUUAUUGUUGGUAGCAGUUAGUUCCUGUAUGUUUUUAACUUUCCCCCCAUUUGUUACAGCAUUAAAAGUUGGCGUAGGGGGACGAUGGGUUGUGCAGAAGCCAAUUAAUGUUUAAGGUUUUUAAUCAUGUGAAUAUUUUCUUUUUCUUCUUUUCCCUCCUUUGUUUUUUUUCUUCUUUUCUUUACACUUUGUAAAGUCAGCCAGAGAUAAAAGUAGAGACGCAGAAAUCAAUUCAAUAAAAAUGUUUAACCCA